AUGUUCCGCGAAUCGGCGCUGUACGGCGUCGCGAUCGCGCUGGGGUAUUUCUUCCUCUUGGAGCUCUACUGCGACGCGCGAGCGAUCGGAUCGAAGCAAACAACGAGCUCGCAACGCGAUGGUGACGGCGUCGCGCUCGUGAACGCGGUCGGGAACGAGGCGGAAGACGCCGAGAGUGGGCUCGCGCGCGUCGAUGAUGCCGUGGAGGAUGACGUGGACGAGCGAGGACAGAGAAGGAGCACGAGCGGUGGGGCGAGAGGUUUCGCCGCGUGCGCGAUGCUCGAUCCGAUCGCGCUGCGAGAGAACAGACCGGCGAUUCAGGCGGCGGCGGAGCUCGGAGUGAUCAUGUUCUUAUUUUGGUUCUGUGAUCGAAGCGGUCUGGUGCGAGACGCGAAGAAGGCGUACGAUAGGGAUCUGUUUCUGGCUGUUUUUGUCGCGCUGGCGGCGUACGGUUGGAAAACGGCGCUGAAGAAAAGUAAGAGCACGAGCGCGCUGCAUCGCGAGCAGACAGAGGAGAUGAAGGGUUGGAUGCAGGUGUUGUUCCUACUGUACCACUACUUCGAUGCUGGGGAGAUGUAUAAUUUGAUUCGCGUGUUCAUCGCGGCGUACGUCUGGAUGACGGGGUUUGGGAACUUUUCUUUUUAUUACGUCAAGAAGGAUUUCAGCGCAACGCGAUUCGCGCAGAUGAUGUGGCGAUUAAACUUUUUCGUGUUCGUUACGUGCGCGGUGAUGAAGAACGAUUACAUGCUGUACUACAUUUGUCCCUUGCACACGCUAUUCACGCUCUUUGUGUUCGGCGCAUUGGCGAUCGGUCGAGAGAAGAAUAGUGAUCCGAGGUGGGUUUAUGCCAAGUUUGCCUGUUGCUUCCUCCUAAGCGUUACGCUCUGGGAGGUCCCGGGGUUGUUUAAACGCGUGUUCCGGCCGUUCGUGUUCAUAUUUGGGUACACGAAUCCCGCCAAACCGCACGGCGAUCCGUUGCACGAGUGGAGGUUUCGAUCUGGUUUGGAUCGCUACGUUUGGAUUUACGGGAUGAUGUGCGCGUACGUGCACCCGCGAUAUGAGGCGGUAUUGAAGUGGAUCGAUGAUCGCCAAUCCACACGGGAGCGGUAUAUAUAUCAGGGAGGCAUCAUUAUUGUGGCGUCGAUGACGCUUUUGUGGUGGUGGCAAACCUUCAUGAAGAUGGACAAGUUCGCGUACAACGAGUGGCAUCCAUACACGAGCUGGAUUCCUAUCACGGCGUUCAUCCUCUUGCGGAAUGCGACCAAGGCGUUACGAAAGCAUCACAUCGAACUGUUCUGCAUAUGCGGUAAAGUGACGCUGGAGACGUACAUCGCGCAAUUCCACAUAUGGCUGAGCACGGCGGGCGUUCCAAACGGACAGCCGAAAGCGCUGAUGUCCCUAGUCACCGGGUACCCGCUGUUGAACUUAAUAUUUUGCUCGUACAUCUACGUCGGAAUAUCGCACCGAAUUUUCGAUGUCACUAACGUGCUCAAGUCAGUGUGCGUGCCAAAGGAGUCCAGUGACAUGGUUCGCGCUGUCACAAACGCCGGGAUUUUCAUGGGUACAACGUUUGGUCUUGGCGCGUUCAUGUCGCUCAUGUUCACGGGGACAGUCUAG